AUGGUAAGUAUUCACUGAUUAUUGAUAAGUUAUGGUACUAACUGUUUAGAUCCAACCAUCCUUAGAUACUUUACAUAAAUUGGUAACUGAAAAUACUGAUUCCAAUGUUUUUCCAAUUUAUAAAUACGUCCCUAAUAAUGAUAUAACUAUUCAUCAAGCAUAUUUAAAAUUAUCAAAAUUAAAUAAUCCAAAUAGAUCACCUAAUUUUUUAUUUGAAAGUUCAAUUAAAGGUGAUUCAGUUGAUAGAUAUUCAUUCAUUGGUAUAAAUCCAUCCAAAAUUAUUAAAACUGGUGAUAAUGACUCUUUCCCCGAAAAAUACCGUAACGUUGAUCCAAUAAGUAUAUUAGAAUCGGAAUUAUCACAAUUUAAACAAGCUAGUUUAUCCAAUUUACCUAGAUUUAGUGGUGGUGCAACUGGUUACAUAUCCUAUGAUUGUAUAAAAUAUUUUGAACCAAAGACAAAAAAGGAUUUGAAAGAUGUUUUAAAAUUGCCGGAGGCUGUAUUUAUGUUUUGUGAUUUAGUUGUUGCUUUUGAUCAUGUAUAUCAAAGAUUUCAAAUAAUUUAUAAUAUAAAUAAGGACAACUUGGAAGGGAAUUAUAAAUUUGGAGUUGAUAAAAUUAAUGAAGUUGAAAAGCUGUUACUUGAGCCAACUACUGAUGAUAUUUUACCACGCCAAGGACCAAUUAAAUUAAAUCAAUCAUUUACCUCAAACAUUGGACAAGAAGGAUAUGAAUCUCAUGUAACAACUUUAAAAAAUCAUAUUUUAAAAGGUGAUAUCAUCCAAGCUGUUCCUUCUCAAAGAGUAGCUAGACCUACCUCACUUCAUCCGUUCAACAUCUACAAACAUUUAAGAACAGUUAAUCCAAGUCCUUAUUUAUUUUAUAUUGAUUUAAUUGAAUUUCAAAUAAUUGGAGCAUCACCAGAAUUAUUGGUAUCUGCAACUAAUGAAAAUAAAGUAAUUACUCAUCCAAUUGCAGGUACUAUGCCAAGAGGUAAAACAAAUGAAGAAGAUGAACAAAAUGCUGAUAUCUUACGUCAAUCAUUAAAAGAUAGAGCGGAACAUAUAAUGUUGGUUGAUCUUGCAAGAAAUGAUAUAAAUAGAAUUUGUCAACCUAAAACCACCAAUGUUGAUAAACUAUUAACAAUUCAAAGAUUUUCACACGUUAUGCAUUUAGUUUCUGAAGUUAGUGGAAUUUUAAGAGAUGAUAAAAAUAGAUUUGAUGCAUUUAGAUCAAUUUUCCCUGCUGGUACAGUUUCAGGUGCACCUAAAGUUAAAGCAAUGGAAUUAAUUGGAGAACUAGAAAAAGAGAAAAGAGGCAUAUAUGCUGGUGCAGUUGGUCAUUGGGGUUAUGAUGGUAAAACAAUGGAUACUUGUAUUGCUUUACGUACAAUGGUAUACAAAGAUGGUAUUGCAUAUUUACAAGCUGGUGGAGGUAUUGUGUUUGAUUCAGAUGAAUAUGAAGAAUAUAUUGAAACAAUGAAUAAAAUGAAAGCUAAUAAUAAUACGAUUAUCGAAGCUGAAUCAAUUUGGAGUAAGAAAGUUGGUAGCGUUCAACUGUAUUAGACUAUACUGUAUAUAAAUAAAUCUCGUCCAUAAAAAUUAUAACUGUGAAACCAAAAAUAAAAUAAAUUCUCGUAAUCUUUACAUCCAAUUGUCGAUGAUCAUCAAUUCAAUAUGAGUUCUAAAAUUGAGACUAUAGAUCAAAAAGAGUCUGAUAAUAAUAAUAAUAUCAAUACUCAGGCAUCAAAUACAUCAAAUACCACAGCCACAACCACAACUAAACCCUCAAGAACUCCAACUUCAUGGGAUGCAGAAGAUGAUAUUCUACUAAUGCAUUUAAAAGAUAAUCAAAAAUUAGGUUGGAAAGAAAUAGCAUCAAAUUUCAAUAAUAGAACUCCAAAUGCUUGUCAAUUUAGAUGGAGAAGAUUAAAAUCUGGUAAUUUAAAAAAUCCACCAAAAUCAGCUGCUGCGUUGGGUUCACAAUUCAAACAAAAUCCAAAUAUGAUAUCAAGUGUGAAAAAGAAGAAACAACAACAACUUCCAUCAAAUCAGCAAUCCCCACCAAAUAAUCAACAACAACCACCACCUUCUGCAUCACCUCCAAAAGUUUCUGAAUUUAAUUAUAAUCCAAUGUCAAAUGUUGGUACUUUUCAAGGUUUUGAUAACAAUAUAUCUACUGCAUUAGCUGGAUUAAAUGCAUUAUCAAAUUCCCCGUCGUAUAUUUCAUCACCACAACCAACGACUCCUAGAAUAAUCAACAACAACGAUAAUAAUAAUGAGUCAAAUAAUUCACCAGAUUCUCCAAAAUCAGAUCAUUCAUAUUCUUCUACUUCAGCUUCAUCAUUACAACCAAUCAUACCAGGAACUAGCUCUGGUGGUUAUUAUGCUGAAGUAUCUGUGGAUCCAACUAUGAAUUUGCCUCAUAAUAGAUCACAUCCAGAAACCCCAUCCGCAUUGACACCAAGAAAUUCAACUACAACAACAACUACAAAUACGUCACAUCAUCCACAUCAUCCACAUCAUCCUUCAGUUACUGCAGCAGCAGCUGCACUACGUAAUAAUUCAAUUAUACAAAUUCAUGAUGAUCGAAAUUCAAUAAGUUCAUUAGCUAGAGCUUCGGUUAGUUCAUUACCUUCAAAAUCCAUGAAUAUACCGCAUCAUCAAACUACAACAAAUGCAUUGGCUCAUUUACCGGUAUUAUUCGGAGGUGCAGGAAGUAUAUCUGGUCCAUCUCGUAAUUCAUCAAUUUCUGGACCAAGUGUUCAACAAACAACGGUAUCAAGUUUGAGAAAUUCAAGUGUUGUAAGUAAUUCAGGCGGAUAUUAUUCAAGACUGGGGUCAGUUGUCAUUCCACAUAAUUCUGAUGAAAUUCCAUUAAAGAUAGAUAAGGAGAGGAUCGACGCAAAUAAUAAGAAACUUAAUAAAAUACGAAGAAAUUUACCAUCAUCAUCAAACACCACUAAGAAGACAAGUAAAGAUCCUCCAAGGUUAGAUAUUCCAUGGACGAUGGAAGAAGAUGAAUUAUUAAUAAAUAGAAGAAAUAGGGAACUUUCUUUUGCUGAAUUAUCAAUACUAUUACCAACAAGAACAGAAGGUGAAAUAUGGAAAAGAAUAGAUUAUCUUGAAAAAUUAAAAAAUGGAAAUCAUAGAUCAACUACCAAAGCUAAAAGAAAUCGACAAUCUUCAAUUGGUUUAGAUGUUGAUGAUUUGUACGAUGAUGAAGAUGAAGAAGAUGACGAGGAAGAUGUUAUUGGUAAAUUUAGUGAUGACGAUAAUGAUAAUAAUGAUGUGUUGAUUGAUGUGGAUGCUGAUUCAAACUUUACUCAUAAUAAAAGAAAGAAAAGGAGAGCAAGCUCAGCUAUUAAUCCAUUAUCAAUGAAAAGAUCAAUAAGAAAAUAG